AUGGAAGUCAAGUUGGAAGAACGUGAUAUACAGGAUGUCUAUAGGAUUGGCUAUAAAAAAGAACGCAGAGAUCGACCGACAGUUAUAAGACUUAAUUCAAUUCAAAAAAAAUAUCAAAUUAUGAGAAAUGCUAGGAAAUUAAAAGACACCAGUUAUAGUGUAUCAGAGCAGUUUAGUAAAAAAACGAUAGAAGAAAGAAAACAACUGGUCCCUUACUUGAAGAAAAUUAAAGAUUCUGGUGCAACGGCUUUUAUUAGACAUAAUUAUAUAAUAGUGGACAACAAAAAAAUGUUUUUGACAGAGAUUAAGCAAAAAAUCGGCGAUUCUGAAAAACCAAUUUCAUCACAGCAACAACAAAAUUCAUCAUCGUCUUCAAAAAACUACAGAUUGAGAAGUGGAAUACGGAGCUAA